GCCAUGGCAGCUCUUUACUCCAGUCUGGGCUUGGAGCUGCAAUCUCUCUGCUGGGCGGAUGGCCUGAGCCUCCCCAGGAGUCCUUCCACCCACAACUGCUCAUUUUGAAGUCCACAGAGCCUCAGUUACAGCCUGAGUCACAGCAAACCCGGCAGCUGCCCUGCACGCUGGGAAAACAGCUCCAUCCCGGCGUGCUGGGAGCGGAUGGAGGCUUUCAGCCCCAGACGACAUCAGGAAUUUGGAACGAGUCCAUGGAAAUUAGGUCAGGAUUGGAAAGUCCCUCUGCGCACAGACUAGGAAAUGACACCCAAAUACCUCUCUCAGCUCUGGCUGGGAUAUCUCACUGCCUGGCAGGAUGGCACGCAGCAAUGGGCUCUUAGUGUCCUUGCAAUGGGCUGCAGGAGCGGGAGGACCUCUGGAAAGAAAAGCUGCUGCUGUGGGAUCCUCGGUGCUGCUUCCUGUGCCAGAUAAUGUCACACACAUACACUCCGUGCAGUGGGAGUACCUCAACGGCACCGAGUCCCGCUCCAUCCUGCAGCACUACGGGGGCUCACACAGCCCAGCUAUCCAUGCACCUUAUGUCGGUCGAGCCAUUUUCCAUCCAUCCAAUGGAUCUCUCUUGUUGGAAGACGUACAGGAAACUGACAGUGGGAUCUACAAAGUGACCAUCAACCUGGGAGAAAGGGAGAGCCUCAAAAUCCAGCUGGAAGUCCUCAAGCCCGUGUCUCACCCUCAGCUCCGGAGCAGUGCCCUAGAGGCACAGUCCACUGUCGAGGUGCUCUGUGAUGUGGCUGAGGGCAGAGUGGACACCAUCACCUGGAAGAAGGAUGGGCAGCCCCUUCCCCCAGACAGAGGUUUCUAUCUGUCCAGCAGCAUCAGUGUUUUGUACCUGAGGAAGGUGAAGAAGUCGGACUGUGGCUCCUACUCCUGCAACGCCAGCAAUGGGAUAAGCUGGCAGGAAGCCUCCCUGAACGUGACCAUUGCAGGUCUCUCCCCGGCCUUACAAGAUGUGCUGAGGAUUGCAGUGGUUGCUGUUGCCUUUGCUGCCACCUCGGGAUGGGGCUUAAUUUUUCCCGUCUGUCAAUCAGAAAAGCAAAGAAUAAGGGGAGAGCUGUGGCGAUGGCUUAGUGUCUACACCAGCGGGCUGGUGUGCAUCUCCUCUGUCCUGGCAAGCACCGCUGGGAUCCUCUGGAUGCGAGAGGAAGGCCCAUCUAUUGCCUUCAUACUGCCUGAGAUCCUCCUUGCGUAUGUGGUUGUGGUAACAUUCCUGGUCUCUGCUACCGUAACGUUCCAGCCUGAAAAACUCAUCCAUCUCAAAAGCAAAACAGUACAACGCACGAUGGGCUAUGCUGCUCCCGGAGGGGUGGUUUCAGUGGUGAUGACUACCAGCUUCCUGAUAAAGAAUAUCUACCAUCGCCACGAACAAGGUUGCACGGAGUUUGUGGAUGUGACCACCCUCGCGGUUAGCACAGCUGCGGUGUCCGCCCUCCCAAUCCUCGCAAUCUUCCUGCGCUAUCACACAACUCAGGGAUGGCAGAAAGAGGAACAUGACUCCAAUUGGCUGGACAACCACAGGUUCUUUCAAAUGUCUCUGUCCAUCAUCAGGGAUCCUGUUUCUACCCAUUAGAGGCUCGCGGUAUUUCUCGUCUGGCUGAGUGACUCCAAACAUCCUCCGAGGUCGAUGCUUAGUGAGUCUGUAGCUGUCUGAGUUUCACUGGGCUGAGCCUUUCACAUACCGGUAAUAAAUGGCAAUUAAACAAG